UCUGACCAGACUAUUAAAAUUAAAUCAAUGCAUUUAAAAUCAUUUUGUGUUAUCUUAUUUCAGCUCUUGUACGAUACGUGUAGAAUAAAAGCGUUGCAUUUUAUUAACUGAAAAUUUUGAUUUUAAUUGUAAUAAUGAAUUCAACAGCAUUCGAAUUGUUUCGCCAAACAGUAUUAUUAGUGUUUCCUCCUCAAUGUAUCGACAUUUAUUUUCUAGAAUUCAAUUAUUUGGAUGUUCCCUGUUUCAAGGCAACUUUAAGUAAAGGUUUAGGAUUGGGUAUUAUUUUGGGUUCACUAUUGGUGAAAGUUCCUCAAAUUGCCAAAAUAUUAAGGAAUAAGAGUGGACAGGGAAUAAAUUUAUACAGUGUGACUUUGGAUCUUACGGCAAUUACGAUUUAUAUGUCCUACAAUUUUGUGAAAGGCUUUCCAUUUAGUUCAUGGGGUGACACAUUCUUCUUAGCCAUACAAACUGUGAUAAUUGGGGUUCUUGUUUUGUGGUACAGCAAUGCUAGUGUACAAGCAGUUCUGUACUUUGUGCUCUAUAUUAUUGGUUGUGUUGUACUGAUGGGUGGAAUAACACCUAUUGAGUUUCUCGGAUCUUUGACUGCUGCUAAUAUAUUAAUUGUUGUAUCAGGUAAAGUUCUUCAAGCAUGGACAAAUUACAAAAAUGGACAUACUGGGCAACUUGCAGCAGCUACUCUUUUAAUGUUAUUGGGAGGUUCAAUGGCUAGAAUAUUUACUUCCAUUCAAGAGACUGGUGACAUAAUUAAUAUUCUGACAUACAUUGCCAGUACAAUUGCAAAUGCAUUAUUAGUUUUCCAGUUAUUUUAUUAUUGGAAUGUUAAGACUAAAGCUGAUUAGUUCGAUGUGUUUAUUUGUUUUGAGAUAUUUCAAUUCAAGUGGUUAAUUAUUUAAUAUACCAUUGUUUGAAAAA